CCCUGCCGUUUACUCUCCUUAUUCUCUCUCUUCAACACUCUGAAAUUUCAUCCAAAUUUAUCUGCUCCAUAUGUCACAUGACUUACAUCACAGCAUAUAAUCCCUAGACGAAAUUAAUGGUCUCAAUUUCUUGUUCUCCAUCUCUAAUAUCAACAGUGAUGAAUGUUAAUUCUUGAGUUAAUAUAUGAGAUUUCAAGAUUCAAGCAUUUCAGCUACUGUUGAGAAGGGUGGUUAGACAGUCUUCCCUGAUUCAAAGGUAUUGUUGAGAUGGAACUGGAGAUGAAUUAAAAUGCUCAUUACAAGAAGCCAUGGUUCUAUACGUAAGCUGAGCGUUACUGGACUUUUGGAAUGUUGAUCGAUCAGCAAAAAAAGACAAUGCAGAUGAUCUUCUGGCCAAUUCAACAAAACGAAGACAAUUCAGUGUGCAUGCUUUGCUUGAAGGUCCUUGGUUCAUCAAUGGAGGCAUUUAUCUAUGAGAAGAUGGACUACUAAUUUUAGACCACCAACAACAUUAAUUCAUAAAACGGUUGUUUGGGUGCUAAUGCGCCAAGUGAUAAGGCUGAUACUUAUGGCCCAUGGAUGCUGGUAACGAAGAAGAGUCAGAAAGGUAACAUCAAGGCAGGUACUCAGGCUAGUGGUCAGAUUAGUCAAGCUGCAAGAUAUGGGAAUAUGAAAGGUCAGAAUAUGUUUCUUGCCAAUAGUUUCUCUAUGUUACAGAAUGUUGAGGGUGAUUUUAAUCAUGAGGAUAAUAAUGGUGAUAUUAUUAGGAAUAAUGGAAAUGCUUUUUCUUUAAGACAUAGUGGAGAAUCUUCUCCUAGUGGUUCCCAAUUUGUAGUUAAGGAGAGAAAUAAUUAUCCUUUAAGUGCAAAUCAAAAGAGUGUGAAGAACUUUCAGUUACAGAGUUCCAGGAUUAAUAGAAGGAAUAAUUAUUUGCAUGAUAAGGAAAUGUUCACUAAUUUAGUGGGAGUUACAGAUAAAGGUAAAGGAGUUAAUCCUGAGCAUGAAAGGAGGAAUAACAAUAAUGAGUUGCUGAGAAUAAAUAGUAGUGGUAAUGGGUAGAGAGUUAUCAUAUUACAAUCAAAGAAAGAUAACAAUGGAGCACCAAGUGGAAGUUCUGAACAUCUUCUCACAAGAGUCAAUUCAGACCUUAGUGGAGAAUGGAGAGUAAGGGAUUUGUUAGUGCACAUAGCUCAAAUGGAGCUAAAUGCAAUGGAGGAGGAUCUAAUGGAGCUAAUAAUGGAGAAAUUUCUAGAGGAAGAACAAGUACUUCACUUGAGAGAGGAAGUAGCGGGCCUGCACAACCAACUCAAAGCAUUAAUGCCGGAGUUAGUAUACAACCCAAUACAGAACCUAAAUGGACUUUUGGAGCAGGCCAGCAGAGUCUUGAGGCCAGUCAGACUUUCAAGGUCCAAUUAGGAACGCCAAGAUCCAGUGGAAUUUCUAAGAGAAGGGAGGGAAGAGGUAGAAUGCGACUCAAGGAGAAGGUCAGAAGCAACAAUUUUGGAAGUAAUCAUGACACCACUUGUGGAGACUCCGACCCUAGUAAAAAUCCCAAAAGGUCUCUAGCAGUUCGAGAUGUGGAUUACUACCCGAUUGGAUUUGGAUGUCAACAAUCAGAGGAUGUUCAAAAAGAGGCUCAUCCCAUUGAUGACAAUGGAUCAACAGGCUGUGGAGAAUUUGAGGGAUUUUCAAAAGCCCAUGAAGCCACCACAUAUGCUUAAUCCUAGUUUAUGCCUUCCAUCUGAUUUUAAUAUGUAGAUUCUGUCAUGGAACUAUAUAGGCAUUGCCAGACCUUCUUUUGUGAUGGUAAUGAAGAAGUUGAUCAAGAGGCAUAAUCCGUUUAUUGUUGCUUUAAUGGAAACCAGAGUUCUAGAGGAUAAUGUUUCUGAGAUUGUGAGCAAGCUUGGUUUCUCCCACUCCAUCUUUGUGGAUCCUCAAGAGUUUUUAGGGGGUCUUUGUCUUCUUUGGAAUGAUAAUGAGAUUGAUAUCCAGGCAACCAGGAAAUCUAGAUAGGCAGUUCAUGCUGUUGUAACUGCUAAAAUUUUAACAACCAUGGAUUUUUUUUCAUCUGUUUAUGGUAGUACUAAUAAGGUUAACAGGAAAAGGAUGUGGAAUGAGCUUAAAGCAAUUUAUGACAUUCCUAAUACUGAUUGGAUGCUGAUUGGUGAUUUGAACACCAUUAGUAGCAGACAUGAGAAGUUAGGGGGUAAAAGUCCUACCUAUAGUCAAGUCUCUGAGCUGAAGGAGAUUUUGAAUAAGUGUGGGCUAAUUGAUCUUGGUGCCAAUGGUCCAAGGUUCACUUGGAACAACAAAAGAGUUGGUGCUGCUAAUAUCAAGGAAAGAAUUGACAGAGCUGUGGAAAAUUCUGGAUGGAAAAACAUGUUCCACAAAGCUCAGGCCAAUUAUAUGAAUGCUCUCAAUCUUAAAGCUUUGUUGGAUAAAUUUUGCUCUUGGACAGUUCAAAGAAUCAAUGUUAACAAAUCAACAUUGCUUACUUCUGCCAAUCUGGGAAGGAGCUUUACUAAAGGGAUUAGAGGAGUUAUUCGAGACGAGUCUGGAUCCUUUGUUGUUUGCUAUGGGAAACACAUUUUUAAGAACAACAACAAUGUGGCUGAGGUUUGGGCAAUCAGAGAUGGUUUGCGUCUGGCUGUGCACUUGGGCAUACAUAACUUUGAAGUGGAGGGUGAUUCGUGCUAUGUUGUUCAACUAUGCAAAGAAGAAGGUCAGCCUCAAUGGGACACCUAUGGGCUUGUCAAAAAGAUCUCUGAACUCAUGGCGUGUUUCAAUCAAGUAAAUUUUACUCAAAGAUACAGAGAAGCCAACAACAUUGUUGAUAGGCUGGCUAAAGAUGGAGCUUCCAGGAAGCAUGAAGGCACUUGGAUUGGAGUUUUACCAGAUUUCUUUGUUGUUUAAUUUAAUUUUCAUUUAAUGGAUGUUACUACACCUCUAGACUUUUUUUGAGUCCUGUUGUUUAGGUUUGUUUUCAGUCCGACUUAUCAGAAAAAAAAAUAUGGGAUUAACGGGUGGGCUGAAUA